AUGAGUGCAACCCGUCGUCUUGGAAACCGAAAAGGGGCCAACCUAGGGGCCCCCGGGGGUACGGUAAUGGGCCCUGGAGGUGGAGGUCUAGAGGUGGCCCAGCUGGGUGCCAAUCGACUCCCCAGUCCGGGCCCUACGAAUCUACGAAUCGGCAUCCUGGAAGGCCCACCACCACCGCCACCUAGCCUCACAGCCUUGGCUUCAAUGUACCCCGGAGCUUCAUCGGGAUUGGGAACCAGUUACCCGUCGGUGGGCAACUGUUGGUUGGAGACGAAGCCCGACCCUUCGACGCUUCAAACGCAAUACGACUUGGAAGGCCUACAAUAUACAUCGUUGCUGACGCGACUCCCGCCGCAAGCGCUAGGCAGCGGCCAGAUCCAGCUUUGGCAAUUUUUGCUAGAAUUGUUAGCCGAACCGCAUUGCCAUGCUCACUGCAUCAGCUGGGAGGGCGGGAACGGCGAGUUCAAGCUGGUCGACCCGGACGAGGUCGCGAGGAAGUGGGGCGAGCGGAAAAGCAAGCCGAAUAUGAACUAUGACAAGCUGAGUCGGGCCCUGCGGUACUACUACGAUAAGAAUAUCAUGACCAAGGUCCAUGGCAAGCGCUACGCAUACAAGUUUGACUUUCACGGGUUGGCCCAGGCGUGCCAGAACACGGUGAUCAGUGGUGGCGGCAGUGAUGCCCUAGCCGCUUUUAAUGCAUAUCCAAAUGUGACAAAACUCGCGACCUCACAGCCUAACUAUCUGUUGCAGCCGACGGAUCGGAAUUUUUUCGCGGGCGCUAUUGCCCCUCAAUAUUGGACGACACCGCCCACAUAUUUCGACGCGACGUAUUACGAGCAUAAGGAUACC